AUUAUUUUUCACAUGACUUUGAUUUAAAAAAUGAAUUGAAAAAUUUGAUUGAUAUUUGUGAGAAACGAUAUGUGUUAACGAAGUAGUGUUGAAUUUGAUUCAUGAUGUAUUUUCGAGUGACGCCGCAGCCAUGAUUGUUUAGUUUCGGGGGAUGAAAAGUGAAUGCGAGCUACCGAUUUGAAUGAAACGCGUGUGACCACAACACAUACCGACUUAUUUCUGUAUUUAAUAAGUGUGUCUGUUAAUUAAGAGAUAUGGCCAUUUAGAUACUUCUCUGAAAUGUGGUUACGAAGUGAGCAUGUUAGUAGAAGACUACGUGGUCGUUUAAACGUAAGUUGUGUAUCCAGAACUAAAACAUCUCAUCAUCGGGUACAAGUUAGCAGCUUACGAAAACUUCCAUCUGUAAAUAAUAAUAAUUAUCGCAUUAAUACACCAAACAAAUGUGGUAGACUGACACGAUGGAAACAUAGAUGUACUCAUUUCUUAAAAGAGGCUUGUAAAGAAAAUGUUUUACGUUUCGUAAAAUCUACACCUAAUAGACGAGAGAGAGGGCCUCGUAGAAGAAAAUGCAUAAAACGAUCAAUGGUUACUUCAACUCCUUUACACCGAUCUUCUACAAAAGAUGCAGUUAUUCCAGAAAAAUGUGCAACAGUAUCAAAAGUUUCUGAAGAAUCUAAGGAAAACUGGAAUACAACUAGUUUAUCUUUGUACUCAUCUAUAUUAAACUCAGACUCAUAUUGUUCUUCCAUAACCAGUGUAAAUGACAACAAAUCUUCAGUUCCGAGUGUAUCACCACUAUCAAAUCUAAUGCCUCCUGCAUCUAUAGGUUCCAAUUCAAACCUUUCAUAUGUAUUGGAUGAUGAAGAAAGCAAAAAUAUUGAUACUAGUUCACUGUAUUAUUCCGCACAUUGCACACAAACAGAAGCAUCUGAAGAAUGCUAUAGAUUAAUGCAUUCUACAUCCAUGUAUGGAACUCGUUCUUAUUCAUCAGAAAAGUAUUUUCCAAAUGGAAAGUACACAUUUAGCAAUAAUAAUGCGAACAAUAGUAAUUCAUCAAAAACUCAAUGUUCUGUUGACACCCAUUUAUCAAAAUAUGAAUCAAACUUUACUACUACAAAGUAUGGUACUACAACCAUGUAUAGUCUAAGCCAUCAUCAUUCGCCAGAUACAAACGGGAAUGUUACUGAAAAAUAUGAUUCCGAUGAUAUUGAAAACGAUUACCAUGAUGUUGAAUAUAUGGAAGUUGGAAGUGAAGAAAUAGUAGAAAGUUGUGAUAUGGAAAAUAUGGUUACUCAUGUUCAAGAAGAUUGGGAACCAUUUGAUCCUUAUGUCUUCAUUAAACACUUACCACCUUUGACUCCAGCGAUGAGAGCCAGGUGUCCUGCUCUUCCUCUUAAAACACGCAGUAGUCCAGAAUUUAGUCUCGUAUUAGAUUUGGAUGAAACAUUAGUUCACUGUAGCUUGCAAGAACUUUCGGAUGCAGCAUUCCGCUUUCCAGUCGUCUUUCAGGAUGUAACAUACACGGUGUUCGUCAGAACAAGACCCUAUUUUCGCGAAUUUUUAGAACAUGUCUCUUCAUUGUAUGAAGUGAUCCUUUUUACUGCAAGUAAACGAGUUUAUGCAAACAAAUUAAUGAAUCUAUUGGAUCCAACACGAAAAUUGAUUAAGUAUCGUCUGUUCAGAGAACACUGUGUUUGCGUAAAUGGAAAUUAUAUCAAAGAUCUAUCUAUACUCGGUAGAGAUUUAUCUAAAACUGUUAUUAUCGAUAAUAGCCCACAAGCAUUUGGAUACCAAUUAGAAAAUGGUAUUCCCAUAGAAAGUUGGUUUGCUGAUCGUUCAGAUAAUGAAUUAAUGAAAUUGUUACCUUUCUUAGAAAAUUUAGUAAAUUGGGGUGGAGAUGUUAGACCACGUAUUAGAGAACAAUUUCGACUCUUCAGUUUUUUACCACCAGAUUAAUUCAUUUCAUAAACACAAGAUUAACAUUUCAAAAGCUGCUAGCCUAUAUAGGUACGUACAUGUAUAGUAUAUCUUACGGAUAUAUUCAGCAGAUAAAUGUAAGAUAUCAUACAAAGCGUGCAAUAAUACACGCCAAAAGAAAAUUCUAUAAUUUGCAAUAAUGUUUUGUUAAUAAUAUUCGAUACGUAAUCGUUGAAAUUAUUAAAAACCAAAAUAUAGUUAUAUCGAUAAAAGUUGAGAUAAUUCUUGCGCUAUGAUUUUUAUAAAAUUUCAAAAAGAGGUAAUUUAUUAUUUAAACAUAAUAAAUUUUGUACUUAUUUGUAAGGAACUUAAAUCAAUCUUGUUAAAAAGAUUAGUAUAAAAAAUACAUUUGAAAAAUUAACAUCUUAACAUAAUAUUGUUAAGAAAUAUCACAACAUAGUAGUUACUAGAAUCUAUAUUUAUCAAAUAUUUGGGCAGGUACCAAUCAAUAAAUAAAUAAUGAAACUCUCUCUUUAUGAAUUACAUAAAGACAAAUCAAGAUUUGAUACCAGUGACUGCCAGGGCUUAUGUGUUAUUGUGAGAAAAUUUCAUAAAUAAUAUUCUAAUCUAAAUUAUUAAAAAAUGAGGUUAUACACUUGUUAUUAAAUUGCUCUAGUAUAUACAUUAUAGCAAAUUAUAGAUAUCUCUCAAUUUAAAUAUUCUUCAUAUUCUUAGUUGUGGAGAAAAUGAAUAAAAUGUAAUUAAACAAAAUAUAUAUAAAAUAUGCAUAAUGUUAAGUUGAGAGAUGUCAAACUAAUUAAAUACUAGAUAUUACAAUUUUAUUUAAGAAAUUAAGAUCGAUCGCAUUCGAGUUUUCUUUUUCUUCUUUUUUGGAAGUGAUACAAUUUACUUCAUGAAGUUAAUCAUAUUAUUCAUUGUAUGCAGAAAUAUGCAAAGCAUUCAAUAUAUUUAUCCAAUUAUAAAGUAAGUUAAACAAAAAUCUAAUAUCAUCUAUGAGAUGAAAUUAUUGCAAUAGUUAAUUCAAUUAUUUGUUCCAAGAGAUAGUAAGUUCAUUGAAUAGAAACAAAAUAUACUGAUAGGAUAAACAUAAAUGAAUAAAACACAAACUUCCAUUUUCGAAUAACUUCCGUUAUCGCUAGUUUUUAUUUCUGAGCAUAGUCCACACAUAGCAGAAGUCGUACCUAUUAACAAAGUAAAAAAGAAAAAGAAAGAAAAUAGGAAUAUUAAACUUAUACUUUCAGAAUAAAGCUAUUUUUUACAUUAAUCAAAAUUAUAAUUAACAACUUCAGACUUAUUAUGUUUGACUAAAUAUUUUCGCACAAGCAAUUCUGUUUUUAGUUACAUAAAAUGAUAUUCUAUAAAUUUUAAACAUACGACAAAUAAUUAUUAUUGUUUACAGUUGUCAUUUUGCAAAUAAUUAUUGUUAAAUUUGUAAUAUUUUUUUGCUAUAUAGCUAUAUAUAUAUACAAUUAGUCUUCUGGAAAGAUGUAAUGUCUUCUAUUUAAGUUUAGUUAUAAAUAAAUAUGAUCUCAAUCUGAUUAUUUUUAAUCAAUAUAUUGAAAGUAUGAAUGUUUAAACUUUUCAGUUGAGCACUGCAAGUAUAAAUCAGUGUAGAUUACUAGUUCUUUAAGUGCAUACAUAUAUACAUAUAUUCAUAAUUUUUUAAUUACGAGUACAUGUUGAUGUGUAUGUAUCUGUAUAAACGUGCGUGAGACAAUUAUAUCGCUAUAUCCUGCUAUAUCUAAUAGAAUUAAAGAAUUGCGUGUAAUUCAUAACCAGAAAUUUAUAUCGAAACGUCACAAUUUAGUAAAACUGUAAACAUGUUACAUCUUGUAGUGUUUACUAUACUUCAAGAUUGUAUGCGCAUUUCACAUCACGAAUUUACAGAUGUGUAAUAUCAAUCUUUAUUAUAAAAGAUGUAAAACUUCGACUGUCCUGUAUUGGAUACAUUUUUUUGCUUCUUCUAUUAAUUUUUUGAGUUCCUUUGAAGCAUAAAAUAAUGAUUAGAUCAUUAUCUAACGAGCCUCAGUCGAGGUAAUUAUUAUAAUUUUCUACGAAUCACAUCGUGCAAUAUUGGAAAUGACUUCACUAAUUUAAUUUUAUCAUUGUAAAUCGCUGUAUGUAUUUUUCUUUUUUUAUGUAAUAUCUUUUUAUAAUUUCAAUGAAUAACAAAUUGCGAACUGCUUAUAUUUUUCUUUAGAAUAAUCAAAUUGUAUUCUCAUACAUAUUAUCAUAGUAGUUUUUACAUAGUAUUUGUUAUUGAAAGAUACUAUUAAGAAAUAAAAAUAAUAACAGUAGGGAGGAAAAUACAUGCUUGUUAUGUAUGAAGAAAGUCUUUAUAUUAUUUAUUCUUUUAUUUAUCACUAAAAAAUGAAUAUAUUCAGAUAUAAAUUGUUGCAAUAAGAAGAUAAACAGUGUUUAUUUAACGAUAUUCCUAUAUGUGAAAACAUUGAGCUGUAAACAAUAUUUUGAAAGAAAUCAAAAAAUUUACAUUCUCUCUAUUAAGUAUACAAAUUUUAAUAAAAAAUUUGAAGGUGAAUAUAAUUAGUAUUUACUGUAACUAAACGCUGGAGACAAGAAAUAUGUAAUAGACAUAUUUUAAUAUUUAUACGAGAUAAUUCAUAAUUGCGUAAUUAGUAUUAAAUAUUCAUCUUCCAAUUCAAUUAAAAAUAUAAGAAAAUAAUAAUUUGAACAUUAUUCCAAUAACUUACAUUUAAUUUAGCUCUUAUUAUACAUCAUUAUAUUAUUUUACAUAUGAUAUCUAAGAAUGUUUUACAAUUUCACACAGAAAAGUAUGCUAUAAUGAACUGACUAGACAAGAAGUAGAGUUUUAUUAUAACGUGUAAAAGAUAUCUAUGUAAUACAGAUGUACAUUGAAAACAAUGCACAUUAGUAAUGAUAUAAAUACUUUUUACACAUAAGUAUAAAUUAGUUCAUGUAGCUAAUAAAAACUUUCAAUUAAAACAAAAUUAAAACAAAAUGUGAAUAAGUUAUUUAAAAUGCACACAAAAUAACAAAUAUUAUUAGUUAAAUAUAUGCAAUUUUUAUGAUAAAAAGAUACUUAUUGUCAAUUAACACAUAUAUAGUUAUACUUAAUAUCAGAAUGGUUGUUAUUGUACAUAAUUCUCUUCAAUGAUUUAAGUUAAAAAUAAAUGCUGACAAAAAAUACAUUGAAAACCAUUGUCAUUGGAGAAAUAAACAAUGAUUUAACAUUAUCGUUUCUAACAAUAUCUGACAAAUAUUUUUGUAAAACGCCUAAUUUACGGAUACCUUUUAUCGGUUAUGCAUUCCUGUCGUUUUCCAAGAACAUAUAUUUAGAAAUCUCCAAAGUUGUAUUACUUAAUUCUCGCCUCCAACAUUUUGUUACUUUAUUUCACCCGUAUCG